GUGUAAUCUCUCUCUCUCUCUCUCUCUCUCUCUCUCUCUCUCUCUCUCUCGUUGGUAUAUAAACUGAAGCUUCUGCAAUCAUGCACAUUUUUUCCCUUUCUUCUCUGUUUGUACGUUUUGAUCGUUGGUAUAAUGCUCCUGCAAUCUCUCUCACCGUCUCUCUAGCUGGAAACUAUCUCCCUAUAUUCCCUCUUUCCGUUGAUUAUUUCUUUCAUUCCGACAUUUCCAAAUGCCUUGAAGAGGGAAACUUGUGUUGAGGAAAAAUAUCAUGGAUGGUGCUAAGGCCAAUGUGGAUGGUACGAGGGGUGGAAUGCGCGAUGGUGGGAAACGGAGUGGUCUUAGCAAUGUCAGCUCUCAUUGCUCGCUCUCUGAAAUGGAUGGCUAUGAUAUGUCCAAGUUAAGGACUAAGUCGAAAUUGAACAUAGAGAGGCAGAGAUCUUUUGAUGAGAGGUCACUUAGUGAGUUAACAAGUGGUUUGAACAGAUGUUUGGAAGGUUAUGAGUGUGCUUAUUCACCCGGACGAGCAUCACUCUAUAGCCCGGUUUCAUGUGGAUGGAACUCUUUCGAGCCACAUCCAAUUGUUGGAGACGCAUGGGAAUCUCUGAGGCGAUCCCUGGUGUACUUCAGAGGUCAACCAGUCGGCACAAUUGCAGCUUAUGAUCAUGCUUCUGAGGAGGUCUUGAACUAUGAUCAGGUGUUUGUUCGUGACUUUGUGCCGAGUGCACUGGCCUUUCUGAUGAAUGGUGAGCCGGAUAUUGUGAAAAACUUCUUGUUGAAGACACUGCAGCUUCAAGGGUGGGAGAAGCGGAUAGAUAGGUUCAAACUUGGUGAGGGUGCUAUGCCAGCUAGUUUUAAAGUUCUUCAUGAUCCGGUUAGGAAGACAGACACAAUAGCAGCGGAUUUUGGUGAGAGUGCCAUUGGGAGAGUGGCGCCCGUUGAUUCUGGUUUCUGGUGGAUAAUCCUUCUCCGGGCUUAUACAAAAUCUACGGGAGAUAUGUCUCUGGCUGAGACGCCCGACUGCCAAAGGGGGAUGAAGCUUAUUCUUACAUUGUGCCUCUCGGAGGGAUUUGACACGUUCCCGACUUUACUCUGUGCUGACGGCUGCUCUAUGAUUGACCGUAGAAUGGGGAUAUACGGCUACCCUAUGGAGAUCCAAGCACUCUUCUUCAUGGCACUGAGAUCCGCGCUGGUGAUGCUCAAACACGACGAGGAAGGGCAGGAUUUCAUCGAGAGGAUAGUGAGGCGUCUACAUGCCAUGAGCUUCCACAUGAGGAGCUACUUCUGGCUGGAUUUCCAGCAGCUGAACGACAUAUACCGGUACAAGACAGAGGAGUACUCUCACACUGCUGUGAACAAGUUCAACGUGAUCCCGGAUUCGAUCCCAGAUUGGCUGUUUGAUUUCAUGCCAGUGAGAGGUGGCUACUUCGUUGGCAACGUUAGCCCUGCAAGAAUGGACUUUAGGUGGUUCGCCUUGGGAAAUUGUGUCGCCAUCUUGUCGUCCCUGGCCACGCCCGAUCAAUCUUCUGCGAUCAUGGACCUCCUCGAAGCUAGGUGGGACGAGCUUGUGGGAGAGAUGCCUCUCAAGAUAUGCUAUCCAGCAAUUGAAGGCCACGAAUGGCGGAUCGUCACCGGCUGUGACCCCAAGAACACAAGAUGGAGUUAUCAUAAUGGAGGUUCUUGGCCAGUUCUCUUAUGGUUGCUAACAGCUGCAUGCAUCAAAACCGGACGGCCACAAAUCGCGAGACGAGCCAUUGAUCUGGCGGAGAGCCGUCUGCUGAAGGAUAGCUGGCCGGAGUACUACGACGGCAAACUAGGAAGAUACAUAGGCAAACAAGCUAGGAAAUACCAAACAUGGUCCAUAGCCGGAUAUCUUGUGGCCAAAAUGAUGUUAGAGGAUCCUUCGACGUUAGGGAUGAUAUCACUCGAAGAGGACAAACAAAUGAAGCCCAUUAUUCGGAGGUCGUUGUCGUGGACCUGCUGAAUAAGGGCUUCACGUAAAGACAUAAUAAGAAUACGAUAAUUUUUUCGGUGGAGAAAGAUUAAAUGCAUUGCCCCGUUUCGUUUUGUAAUCGGCCCGCCGUGGGUCGAGACUUGAUUCAACUCCGAUAAAGAUCUGAGUUACUCGAAACUCGACUCGAUAAUAUCUUUGGGGUAUACUAGGCAAUGGGGAAGCAAGCUUAGCUUGUGUCUGGACAUGUCAUCUACAUAGGUCCAGUCCCAAUUUAUGACCAAUGCUCUCUCUCUCUC